AUGUCAUCGGUAGACUUUGAUGGUGCGAACUCUGGUUUCCAGGUCGGGAUCAAUACUGGUGCAAUCACCACCCAGCUUCAUGUCGCACCGGAACGGCCCGAAACACCGCCCCAUCCACUCUGCACCGUUCCGUUCCGUCGCGAUCCAGACUUCGUCGAUCGCGGGACACUUCUCGACCAGAUCCGUGAAAAGUGCUCCGCUCCUGCUUCUCGAAUCGCGCUUGUCGGCCUCGGUGGGGUUGGGAAAUCGCAACUUGCCAUCGAAUACUGUUACCGAGUCCCUGAGAAUUUCCCGAACACGUGGGUCUUCUGGGUACACACGAGUAACGCUGCUCGAUUCGAGCAGGACUUCCGGGAGAUUGCCGACCGUGUCAGAAUUCCCGGUCGCAAAGAUCCUAAGGUCAACAUCUUCCAGCUUGUUGGGGGCUGGCUCAGCGAUGAGAGGAAAGGCAAAUGGAUUCUAGUCCUUGACAACGUCGAUGAUGAGUUUCUGGACAAGGCUGCUCCUGGGCACUCAGGCAGUACAACUGGAAAGGUACUCUUGGAGUAUAUUCCUCAGAGCCGCCAUGGAUCCAUCAUCAUCACCAGUCGCAGUGCUGCGGUUGCCUCGCGGAUGGUCGAGCCAAGAGAUGUUAUCACGAUUGCACCGAUGCACGAGACGGAUGCGCGACUGCUCUUUCAGAAGAAGCUUGAUGUUCAAGAGGAUCUUGCUGGCGAUGAGGUGGAUGAGAUUAUGGCCGCUUUGGAGUACAUGCCGCUUGCGAUCGUGCAAGCCGCAAGCUACAUCAGAUACCGCUCGCCACGAUUUUCCGUGUCACAAUAUCUGCAACUAUUCCAGAAGAGUGAUCGCAAGAAAUUGAGUCUUUUGGAUUACGAAGGGGGCCACCUUCGUCGAGACCGAGAAGCGCAUAAUUCGAUCAUGAUCACAUGGCAGAUAACCUUCGAUCACCUGCGGCGAGCCAGGCCUUCGGCAGCAGACCUGUUGUCACUGAUGAGCUUUUUUGACAGACUGGGGAUUCCUGAAGCCUUACUCCGACAUCGAGAAGACAAAGACAACCAUAAGCUAGAUCUAUGGGAGAAGGGCCUGGCAAACCUGAGUGAUGAAGAUAGCACAUCUAGUCAUGAUGACCAAUUCGACGUCGAUAUGCAUCGGCUGGUACAACUUGCAACACUCAAGUGGCUUGAAAUCCAAGGACAGUUUCAGAAUUGGAGGGAACGUUUCCUCGAUAUUCUCCGCAAUGCCUCACCAACAAGUGAUUACGGGAAUUGGGGGACAUUGCAGUGGGCUGCACUCGUGUAUGAGGCAGUGUGGUAUGCAUGUGACAAAUGGAACCCAACAGAUGCAAAACACUUAGCGAGGAAGACUCAAAGAGCAUGCCGGGAGCUAUUGGGUCCAGAUCAUCUGGUAACGUUGCAGGCCACUAAAACAGUAGGCGUUGUGCACGCACAGGCUGCGGAAUGGGAAGAGGCUGAGUUCUGUGUGUCGAGGAGUUCCAAGAGAGAACUAGGAGCUGAAGAUUUUGAGACAUUGAUGAGCAUGCACCACCUCGCAACCGCAUGCGGGCAACAGGGUCAAUGGGAAGAAGCCAAAGAGCUCCACACACAAGUAUUGAACAGCCGGUUGAAAUUGCUGAGCCCCGCUCAUCCUUUAAUACUGACCAGCAUGAUUAGCAUUGCAUUUUGCCUCUCACACACGAAUCAACAUUUCGAGGCCUUGAAAUUAAUCUCCGAAUGCGAGUGCCUGAUGAGAUACCACUUAGGCCCUGAUCAUCCUAAUACUAGGGAUGCGUCGGACGCACUGGCAGAAUGGCAAACCGAGACAUGGCCAUCGAAACCCGGAGAAGAAGAGGUCUCUACCGGGUUCGGCAUGGUAUCCCAGCAGGAAGGUUAA